GGAAUUGGGGCAUAGAAUGAUGGUCCAAUUUUGUGCUUUGUUUUUUUCUUUUUUAAAAAAAGCAAAUUGAUUUUCAAAUUCUUUUCCAACAUUAAUUUUCUUUCUUCCCUCCCUCCAAUUUUACGUUCUCUCUCCAAACAUAGCGUUAAGGCGACUACCGGACGACAAGUAAUGUCUUGUCGUGAACUCACACAUGUUUACUCUAUAACGAACGACUGGUCGUAAAGGUAAUCUCAAGUCUCUCCCGCCAAAACCGAGAGGUAUUUUAGCAAACACUGGCAGUAACAGUAGCAGAGGGCCCUAACCAGUGAUCGGUUCGAUUGCAAGAGUCAUGUACGGAAGAAAAGUAGAGCAUACGAGCAUGAACAAUCAGCACCGUUGGAUGAACCAAGCAAGCAACAGUACGGAUAUCCUGGCCGCUUAUUUCCCGUCGAACGAUAUAACAGUCGACGAGGACAAGCUGAUUCUCAUAUCUAAACUCAUCAAUUUCUUCUCCACAUCUCGUGGUCAAGACCUCGCUUCUCAGGUAAAAGAAGAGAAUGGUGCAUUAUUUUUACCAAUUGACUUUCAACAAUUUCGAAAAAUAUGUGACGUUGAUGAGUUUUAUGCAAUUUUAGAAGAGAAGCCUAAAAUAGCUCUCUCUUGUUUGGGUGCUGCACUUCACAAGGUGCUUUUGGCCAAAUUGGAGGAGAAUAUUUUAGAGGAUGGCGCGAAGAUAAAUAUUCGUCUUCACAACUAUCCUGAAUCAAUGAUUGCUUUGAAAAACCUAAAAGCAGCAUAUAUUGAUAAGCUUGUGUCUGUGCGGGGGACUGUAGUGAAACUAAGCACUGUUAGGCCUCUUGUGGUGCAAAUGAGCUUUGACUGUGAAAAGUGUAAAUCCAACAUCAUACGUGUAUUUCCUGAUGGAAAAUUCUCGCCUCCAACUAUUUGUAACUUAAAUGGGUGCAAAAGCAAAACAUUCCAUCCCAUUCGGUCUUCUGCUCAGGCCAUAGAUUUUCAGAAAAUAAGGAUACAGGAGUUACUGAGGUCAGAAGAUCAUGAAGAAGGGCGGGUUCCUCGAACAGUGGAAUGUGAACUGACUGAAGAUCUUGUUGAUGCAUGCAUCCCUGGAGACGUGGUGACUGUUACUGGAAUUAUAAGAACAAUUAACAAUUAUGUGGAUAUUGGAGGAGGAAAAUCAAAAGGAAAAAAUCAAGGGUUUUACUAUUUGUAUCUAGAAGUGAUUUCAAUAAAAAAUUCCAAGUCACAAUCUACAUCUUCUGAUAUGCAAGAUGCCAGGUCUAAUGCUAGAGCUACGGAGCUUUCUGAUUUGUUCUCGUUUUCUCCUAAGGAUUUGGAAUUUAUUGUGAAGUUUUCGGAAGAAUAUGGUUCGGAUGUCUUACGGCAAUUAGUGCAAUCCAUAUGCCCCUCAAUUUAUGGACAUGAACUUGUUAAAGCGGGAAUAACAUUAGCACUGUUUGGAGGUGUACGCAAGCAUUCAAUGGAUCAGAAUAAGGUCCCUGUUAGAGGAGAUAUCCAUGUUAUAAUUGUUGGUGAUCCUGGACUAGGAAAGAGUCAAUUACUGCAAGCAGCAGCUGCUGUUUCUCCACGUGGCAUUUAUGUGUGUGGCAAUGCUACAACCAAUGCUGGCCUCACUGUAGCUGUAGUCAAGGAUUCCAUGACUAGUGAUUAUGCAUUUGAGGCUGGUGCAAUGGUGCUAGCAGACGGUGGACUUUGUUGUAUUGAUGAAUUUGAUAAAAUGUCUGCAGAACAUCAGGCUCUUCUGGAAGCCAUGGAACAACAAUGCGUCUCUGUUGCAAAGGCUGGUCUGCUAGCAAGUUUGUCAGCACGAACUUCUGUUUUAGCAGCAGCAAACCCUGUUGGUGGUCAUUAUAACCGAGCAAAGACGGUGAAUGAGAAUUUAAAAAUGAGUGCUGCUCUCCUCUCACGAUUUGAUUUGGUUUUCAUUUUACUUGAUAAACCUGAUGAAGUACUGGAUAAGCAAGUCUCAGACCACAUCAUGUCACUUCAUGCCAGUUAUGGUGAACGUACAGCAGCAGCAAAAAAGCUACGGAUAGCAGCGCAGAAUAACAGGGGCAUGGAGAUGAGUGUGAGAAGUGGUUCUUUAAUUUCAAAGCUGAGACUUGAACCAACAAGGGAUGUUGAUUUUGCUCCUCUGCCUGGUCCACUUCUUCGAAAGUAUAUUGCUUAUGCAAGAACGUAUGUCUUUCCUAGGAUGUCAAGACCAGCAGCAGAAAUCCUACAGAAGUUUUACUUACGACUUAGAGAUCAUAAUACAUCUGCUGAUGGCACACCAAUAACAGCAAGGCAACUGGAAAGUUUAGUGAGGCUAGCUGAAGCUCGGGCCCGACUAGAGUUGAGAGAAGAAAUAACAGCACAAGAUGCAAUGGAUGUAGUUGAAAUAAUGAAAGAGUCUCUGUAUGAUAAGUAUGUUGAUGAGCAUGGUUUUGUGGAUUUUGGACGAAGUGGUGGAAUGAGUCAACAGAAAGAAGCAAAGCGGUUUCUAAGCGCCCUCAAUAAGCAGUCAGAGUUGCAGCAGAAAGAUACUUUUUCAAUUUCUGAGAUAUACAGUUUGGCGGAUAGGAUUGGCCUAAGAGUUCCAGAUAUUGAUACGUUUGUGGACAACUUAAACAGUGUUGGUUAUCUACUAAAGAAGGGAUCAAAGUUAUUUCAGGUGCUAACUUCAUCUUAUACACGAAGUCAAUCGUCGAGGUGAAGGGGCUGAAGUUCUGUGGAGAAUUGGAAAACUUCUGUUGGUUAUUUUGUAUUAUCCCUAAAAAUCCCAUCAAACUGCUUGAAGGGAACUGUAUGGCUUCAAAGAGUCCCCAGUUCAUAUAUCUGUGAUUUGAUGCUAUCAUGUACAGAAAAAGCAGCUUCUUUUGUAAAAAUUGUGAAAAGAAUGAUGUAUUACAUUUGAUAUGCAACAUGAACCAAUUCAGAAUU